GAGCAGAGCGGCGCGAGCGACGACGGCCAUUUUAGAGCUGCCUUAGUAACCGACACACAUCUCCUGGAUUUUAUUUUUUAUUGUUCCGUAGAAACGCUCCACCUGACUGACGAGGACCGAAGAAGGCUGUGUUUGACUUCCCCGCGGCUGAACUCAAAGUCAGGAUGCGGUUCCGAGGGAAUAAACCAUUUGCAUCCGCAGUCGGACUGCUCCUCGGACUAUUAUUUGCGGUGGAGGCAGCUAAAGUCAAUAAGCACAAACCAUGGAUCGAAACGACGUACCAUGGGAUUGUGACAGAGAACGAUGACAAAGUUAUUCUGGACCCUCCUCUAAUUGCGCUGGACAAAGACGCUCCUUUACGCUAUGCAGAGAGUUUUGAGGUGACCCUCACUGAAGAAGGUGAGAUUUGCGGCUUCAGGAUCCACGGGCAGGACGUCCCCUUUGAGGCAGUGGUCCUGGACAAGUCCACUGGUGAGGGGGUCAUCAGGGCAAAAGAAAAACUGGACUGUGAGCUACAAAAGGAGCACACCUUCACCAUCCAGGCCUACGACUGUGGAGAGGGUCCUGAUGGGGCCAACAUGAAGAAAUCACACAAGGCGACUGUCCACAUCCAGGUGAACGACAUCAACGAGUACUCACCAGUGUUCAAGGAGAAGACAUACAAAGCCACCGUCAUCGAGGGAAAGAAGUACGACAGCAUCCUGAAGGUGGAGGCGGUGGAUGCUGACUGCUCCUUCCAGUUCAGCCAAAUCUGCAGCUAUGAAAUUGUGACACCCGACGUGCCCUUUACCAUUGAUAAAGACGGUUUUAUUAAAAACACUGAGAAGCUGAGCUACGGCAAAGAGCACAUGUACAAGCUGACGGUGACGGCCUACGACUGCGGGAAGAACCGAGCUUCUGAAGACGUUCUGGUCAAAAUCAACAUUAAGCCCACCUGCAAACCCAGCUGGCAAGGCUUCAAUAAAAGGACUGAGUAUGAACCAGGAACAGGUAGCCUGGCGCUUUUCCCCAGCAUGCAUUUGGAGACCUGUGACGUGCCCAUCACAUUUGUCCGGGCCAGUAUCGAACUGGAAACCAGUCACAUCGGAAAGGGCUGUGACAGAGACACCUACUCCGAGAAGUCUCUGCACAAGCUGUGUGGAGCCAGCUCCGGCACCGUGGAGCUCCUUCCUGCACCGAGCAGCUCUUCCAACUGGACGGUAGGACUGCCCACGGAUAACGGACACGAUAGCGACCAGGUGUUUGAGUUCAAUGGGACCCAGGCCAUCAAGGUGCCUGAUGGUUUGGUGAACACCAACCUGAAGGAGCCCUUCACCAUCUCUGUGUGGAUGAGACAUGGACCCGGGUCCCGCGAAAAGGAGACCAUCCUUUGUAAAUCUGAUAAAACAGAUAUGAACAGACACCACUACUCCCUCUACGUCCACAACUGCAGGCUAAUCCUCCUCCUUCGCCAGGAUCCCUCAGAGGCAGAGAACUACAAACCGGCAGAGUUUCACUGGAAGCUUGACCAGGCCUGUGACAAAGAGUGGCAUCAUUAUGUGCUCAAUGUGGAGUUCCCCACUGUUUCCCUAUUUGUGGACGGGACCGUCUUCGAGCCCUUCAUGGUCACAGAAGACCACCCACUGCACCCGUCGAAGAUUGAGACUCAACUCACAGUUGGUGCCUGCUGGCAAGAAAACUCAGGACAUGACAAUGACACUGAGACAGGCCCUGAGACCACCUCAGGCGGGAAUGCCAGAAUGGCUCAGUUUUUCCGAGGGAACCUUGCUGGCCUGAUCAUCCGCUCCGGCAAGCUGGAGAACAAGAAGGUGAUCGACUGUUUGUACACCUGCAAAGAGGGACUCGACGUGCAGCUGCCUGAGGAGGUAGCUUCAGCUGUAAAGGUUGACUUCAACCCCAACCAGUCCUCUCUGACUGUGGAAGGCGAUGACAUCGGUGCCUUUGACAAAGUCAUGCAGCACAUCUCAUACUUAAACUCCCGCCAGUUCCCAACCCCUGGCAUCAGGCACCUCCGCAUUUCCACCACUGUCAAGUGUUUAAAUGAGGAUGCCUGCGUGGCAGUGCCAGAUGCUGAAGGUUACGUGAUGGUGCUGCAGCCCGAGGAGCCAAAGAUCAGCUUGAGUGGGAUCGACCACUUUGCUCGCAGCGCUGCUGAAUUUGAGAGCCAAGAAGGAGUGACUCUUUUCCCCGAGCUUCGCAUUGUAAGCACCAUCACCCGUGAAAUGGAGGUGGAUGCAGAGUCUGAGGGUGCAGAAGGCACUGAUGAUGACCCCACAGUUCAAGAGACAGUUGUAUCAGAGGAGAUCAUGCACAACUUAGACUCAUGUGAAGUUUCUGUGGUUGGUGAUGAGUUGGACGGCGAGCACGAGAGCCUGGAGGUGGACGUUUCACAGCUGCAGCAGCGCGCCUUGGAGAUGAGCUCUUCUAACCUGGGACUCAUCAUAACUGGUGUGAACACGAUGGCCAACUACGAGCAGGUCCUGCACCUUAUCCGCUACAAGAACUGGCACACCGAAGCUCUCUUUGACAGGAAAUUCAAACUGGUCUGCUCUGAGCUAAAUGGUCGCUAUAUUAGCAAUGAGUUCAAGGUGGAGGUGAAUGUGAUUCACACAGCUCCUGUGGAGCACGCCAACAACGCCAUGGUGCAGCCCAACUUCAUCAACCCUGUUCACCAUGCAUCUGUGGAUCUCUCUGGUCACAACUUGGUCAAUGCUCACCAGGCUUCAGUGGUUCCCAGCGCCGCCACCAUUGUGAUUGUGGUGUGUGUAAGCUUCCUGGUGUUCAUGAUAAUCCUGGGCGUGUUCCGCAUCCGAGCCGCACACCAGCGCUCCAUGAGAGACCAGGAGAGCGGCAAGGAGAACGAGAUGGACUGGGAUGACUCAGCCCUCACCAUCACAGUUAACCCAAUGGAGACUUACGAGGACCAGCACAGCAGCGAGGAGGAGGAGGAAGAAGAGGAGGAGAGCGAGGAUGGGGAGGAGGAGGACGACAUCACGAGCGCUGAGUCAGAGAGCAGCGAGGACGAGGAGGGCGGGGAGCCAGAAGACCAGCAGGGGACCAGCAGACAGCAGCAGCUGGAGUGGGACGACUCCACUCUCACCUACUGAGAAACACCAAGCCCCGCACAUACUCUGACACACCGACACACACAUAAAACCAGGCCACAGUCACCGCUUUACGCACCCCUCCAUGCAGCUUCAUGUCUAGGAGCCAUAAAAUACAAAAACAACAAAAAAAAAAUGAAAAAUGUCCUUCAGCGUAUAUGGUCAAGGCUUUCCUGUUGUUAUCUUCGUGGUGGUACUCAGUGUAGUGUAGUCAUCACCAGGUUGCUGAUUUAACUUUUCAUUUUUUUUAUUUAUUCUAAUUUUAAUUCCCUUGAAAACUUGGCCGACAUUUCUUCUGGAGUUUGUGAAGAAGCCAGCCCUGCACUUUCUGUUCUCAGUCAGGCUUUCAUGCAGAGAUUCAUUUAGAUUUCCUGAUGUAUAUCCUUUGGCUAAUGCUUUUAGGGUCGCUUGCUGACUUCAGUUUUCUUGGAUUGUGGUCCACAGUGAAGCAAUUUUACUCUCUUUUUUUAAUUGUCCUUGUUUAGUGCAUGAGGAAACUUGGGAAGUCUUACUUGUAGAGAAACAAAUUGCUUUUUAAAGAUUUUUUUUUUCGUUGUUGUUGUAAAUAUAAAAACGAUGUAAUUAGUUGAUGUGUUAGUGAAAGCCCGCUCAGCAGGGUCCAAUAUCUUAAAGAAAAACUACAAAAAAACCAACAAAAAAAGACGCAGUACGUAAUGUAGAAUAUCUGUGUCUGCACAGGCUGUAGCAUGUCGCUGAAUUUCUGCUGAAGCCGUUCCACCGUGCUUUUCCAAAAGUCUGCCUCGUCAUGAGAAGCCCAGGACUGUUACGCAGAGGUUUCCAUGACAGAGGGGGGUCCGUUUUGUCCUUUUUU